AUGGAUAACCAAAACGAAGAGCAUGAGCAACCUCCAAACAAACUUCCCGAUCUAACUCUCUUCCAGCAAGCAAAUUCUGAAAUUGCUCUUGCUGCCUCACAAGCCAAUUCCCAUUUUGUCCCUCCUGUUAAUGACUUGGCCUCCUCAAGGCUAUCAAUGAUAGAGAGUGACGAAGACUCUGAAGAUGAAGACGAAGAAGGAAGCAAUGACAGCUACUACGAGGGUUUCGAUAAUAAUGGAUUUGGAGAAGAUGAAAUUGAUGACUUUCUUGAGGACCAAGAAAGCAGCUUCAACCUAGAGGAGGAUGAUUUCAUGGAGGAAGAAGAUGAGAUUGACCCCGACCAGUUAUCUUACGAGGAACUUAUUGCCCUUGGCGAAUUCAUCGGAGUUGAAAAACGUGGCCUCACACAGACAGAAAUCCACGUGUUUGAAGGCAUCUAG